AUGAUCUCACCAAUCGCUUCGAAACUGCCAUGCUUAAAGGCACCAUUCAUAUUCGUGCUCGCAACAUUCUGCGCUGUCUACUCAUGGCAACUUCCUGCAGCAUUGGCACAAUUGGCCCCAUCGCGACAGCAGACUGCGAUCAGCUCGAACGAGGUUGUUGGAAAGAUUGUACCAUAUCUGGCACGCAGUGAAAAUGAUACUAGUAGUAGCCUUCCCAGCACUCUGAAUGCCUUGCUGGAUGCCAUUGGUGUGAUGCAAGAGAAAUACUUUGAUAUAAGCACUGGUACAUGGCCGGAGUCAAUAGACUGGACAGCCGCAGUCUUAGGCACUCAUGUCUCUGCCACUCUCUCCACGUUGAUCUCGUCAACUGACCUGGGUACCUCCACCUGCAGCAACAUACUUGCAUGGAACAAUCUCAUCAACCGCUACUUCAGUCAUACCUCCGUCUUCUAUUUUGGUGAAAAUGCACUCAGCAUUCGCAACCAAGCCUACGAUGACAUGCUCUGGGUUGUUCUGGGCUGGCUGGAAAACAUCAAAUUCAUUGACCUCUACUCCUCUAUGCGCUCAAAUCAAGCUGAUACCGACCCAGCCCUCCAAAAACCCUGGCACGGCAUGCAAUUUAAACCCGCAGUCGCACAUCGUGCUCACGUCUUCUACAACAUCGCCGUUCGUGGGUGGGACACCUCCCUCUGCAACGGCGGCAUGGUUUGGAACCAAAACCUGCGGCCCUACAAGAACUCGAUCACGAACGAACUCUUCAUAUCGGCAAGUAUAAGCAUGUAUCUCUAUUUUCCAGGCGAUGACAACGACUCUCCAUUCUUCACUACCACCAGCAAGCAGCAACCCCCUGAGUCCGAAGCACCACACAACCCCACCCACCUUCAAAACGCCAUAAAAGCCUAUGCCUGGCUCAAGUCCUCCAACAUGACCAAUCCCACCCACCCCGGCCUCUACGCAGACGGCUACCACAUCUCAGGCUGGCACCGCACACCAGAUGGCCGCAUCAAUCCCGGCACAGGCAAAUGUGACGACCUGAACACGAUGGUGUAUACCUACAACCAGGGCGUCGUGUUGACGGGUCUCCGCGGUCUAUACCUCGCUACCGGCGAGCGCAGCUAUCUCGCAGACGGACAUGCACUGAUUGAGAGCGUGUUGGCUGCGACGGGGUGGGCUGAUACUGAAAACAUGGCUUGGAGCGGAUUAGGAAGAGGAGGCGUGUUGGAGGAAUACUGUGACAGUAGUGGAAGCUGUAGCCAGAAUGGACACACGUUCAAGGGUAUCUUUUUCGGACAUCUGGCGGAGUUUUGUAGGGAUUUGUCAGCGGUAGAGGAGGGGAUUGUUUCGGACAUCAACGGCGCUGAUGAGUCGAUGCAUGGUCAUGGCAGUAGUGCUGGGUCCGACCAGACCUGGCAACACCAUCUCCACCGCUGCAAGCGCUAUCACGAGUGGGUUGAACAUAAUGCGCACGCGGCGGCGAUGACAAGAGAUGAAGAGGGGAGGUUUGGCAUGUGGUGGGGAAGAGCUUACCCGGAUGACGGUACUGGCAUUGAAGAGUUGGGAAUCAAAUCUUCUCUACUUCCAGCCGGGGCGUUGGAUUAUGCCAAUGAUGAUGGUGCACUGGCGGCAGAGCGUUCAGAUGUGUCUGGUUUAGCUGCUCGCAACUUCCGAAAAGCUGUGGCUGGGGAUGGUGGCGCGAGCGAGAGGCGAGAUCUCAAUGACCGCGGACGCGGCCGUACCGUCGAGACUCAAAGUGGAGGAGUGGCUGUCCUGAGGGCGCUGUGGCAGUGGGAAAGUGCGCAUGUCAAGACGGAGAAAAAGGAGGACAUGGAGUCGGAAGCUGAGUUAUGA